AUGGGCAAAGAUCCAAUCCGCUACGCAGCUCAAGUCGAGCUUGACAAAGAAGCUGGGACACUUCCAUAUUUACAUAAUCGAUGGCAUCCCGACAUCCCUACCAUCGGCGAGAUCAAGAAUGGCGAGACGGUGAAAAUUGAAUGUGUAGAUUGGACGGGCGGACAGAUAGGCAACAAUGACUCCGCAGACGACAUGCGAGACGUCGACCUCACCAAGAUCCACUACCUAACCGGACCAUUCGAAGUCGAGACUGCCGAGCCAGGCGACAUCCUCCUCGUCGACAUCCAAGAUGUCCAACCCCUCGACCGCCAACCUUGGGGCUUCACAGGCGUCUUCGCCAAAGAAAACGGCGGCGGCUUCCUCGACGAAUACUACCCCAAACCCGCCAAAGCAAUCUGGGACUUUGAAGGCAUCCACUGCUCUUCCCGCCACAUAUAUUAUAGUACUAAUAGCUACGGUAUAAUAAGAUGCAGUAUUAACCUUGCACAAUUGUCUACUAAGCAGUUAAGGAAGCACUUUAUAACACGUACUACUAGUAUAUAUAGAAAACAUCGAGAGCUUAAUUGCGAGGUAGACUUAAACUCUGCGAGGAAGAAUGUCCAUGUCGGAGCGCAUUCUGGGGAGCUCAAAGAAAAAGUCGGAAGGGAAGGCGCACGCACGAUUCCCGGUCGUCCCGAACACGGUGGCAAUUGCGAUAUCAAGAAUCUUUCCCGUGGCAGCAAAGUCUACCUUCCCGUGCACGUCAAAGGUGCCAAGUUCAGCGUCGGAGACUUGCAUUUCAGUCAGGGCGAUGGUGAGAUUUCUUUCUGCGGAGCCAUUGAAAUCGCGGGUGUCAUUACGAUCAAAUUUUCCGUCAUCAAGAAUGGGAUGGCGGAGAUGGGUCUCAAGAGUCCGAUUUAUAUCCCUGGUCCUGUGGAACCGCAGUUUGGUCCGGGUAGGUAUAUAUAUUUCGAGGGGUUCAGUGUGGAUUCGAAUGGGAAGCAGCAUUAUUUGGAUGCGACGGUUGCUUAUCGGCAGACUUGUUUGAGAGUCAUCGAAUACCUUCGACGAUACGGAUAUGAUGAUUAUCAAAUCUAUUUGCUUUUGUCUUGUGCGCCUGUGCAAGGUCAUAUUGCGGGAAUUGUGGAUAUUCCGAAUGCUUGUACGACUUUGGGCUUGCCGAUUGAUAUUUUUGAUUUUGAUAUUCGGCCUGAGACUAAGGUUGUUAAGAGGGAUCUGGGGGCUUGUGCGAAGUGUACGUAG